UGCUUUCUUAAUGUUUCAUCUAAAUACGAAGCUGGGAUGAAUCUUAAGGUUGAUCUUAUUAGGAAGGUCUACAAAUUUUCAAUUGAAUACGAUUUGAGUGUGAAACAUCAAAAUAGAUUUCGAUCACUCAGCAAUGCAAAAGAUUUGGAAGUUUGCACGUUUUUGAAUGGAACUCUUCGAAAACAUAAUACAAUUCUCAAGUGGAUGUUCAGUAUCGUUGAGCCAAUGACGCCAAAAGGAUUCUUCCAUCCAUGUCCAUAUUACGGAAUUGUAGAGAUGAACAAUAUUGUUCCAGCAUUUUCAAGCAAUUCAUUAAAAUUAUUUCUUGUCGGAACCUACAAAAUUAAAGUCAAGCUUUAUAAUGCUGAUGAUGACAACAUUGCAACAAUUCGAGCUACAGGCGAAGCAAACAAUAUCAAGGAUUGAUUUCAUCUUUUAAAAGGAGCAAAAUACAAAUACAUAUGUAUAAAAAGAUAUUUUUAUAUAUAUUCUAAUAAAGGAAAUAUAACUUACACUGCAAAUUCAUUAUAUUUAUUCCACUACGAAAGUUGAACUGUUUUACAAAAUUUAUUGAAAUUCAUUCAACAGUCUGCUAUUACAAUUAAUACUGUGAAGUUUCCUUCACAAUUGCGAAAUUUAUAUUGAAUUUUAUCACAAAGCUCUACACCAAAUACUUAAAAGCAGAC